UCAGUUGUUCAGUAACAGUAGGUACCGAUUUAUAUAGUCAGUUCACUCGUCAGUCAGCAGUUAAUAAUAAGUGCGCAUUGCAGUGAAGAAGGCUCGAGAUAUAAAAUAAAUUGUUGUAAAUUAGGUAUCUUGUGUAAACUUUUCUCCGUGUUUCUCAAGUACUUCUCAUCAGGAUGGCCCAGUCUAUGAAAAAAUUGGCUUGUCAAGUGCUUAACAAAACGAAUAAUGUAGAAGUAAUUCUGAAUUCAACUGCUCUAAGAGCGAACAGUCACUGGUGGAGCAAUGUACAGAUGGGUCCUCCAGAUGUUAUCCUUGGUAUCACAGAGGCUUACAAAAGGGACACGGAUCCCAAGAAGGUCAAUCUUGGUGUAGGAGCCUAUAGAGAUGAUGACGGCAAACCAUUUGUACUGCCUUCAGUUAAAAAAGCUGAAGAAAUUCUUCAUCAGAAAGGCCUGAACCAUGAAUAUGCUCCGAUUGCUGGAGAAACCGCAUACACUGAUCUCGUAGCCCAGCUUGCAUUUGGGGAAAAUUCACAAGUUCUCAAAGAUAAAACAAAUUGUACUGUCCAGACGUUAUCCGGAACCGGGGCGCUCCGUCUCGGGCUCGAGUUUGUCACGAAGCACUACGCCAAGAACAAGGAGAUAUGGCUACCUACCCCCACGUGGGGCAACCACCCACAGAUCUGCAACACCCUGGGUCUGUCCCACAAGAAAUACCGCUACUACGACCCUAACACACACGGGUUCGAUGUCAAGGGCGCUAUUGAAGAUAUCAGCAAAAUCCCCGAAGGAUCAAUAAUCUUGUUACAUGCGUGUGCGCACAAUCCCACCGGCGUGGACCCCAAGCCCGCCGACUGGGCGCAACUUUCUGGUGUCAUCAAAGAGAAGAAGCUGUUCCCAUUCUUCGACAUGGCGUACCAGGGCUUCGCGACCGGCGACGUGGACAACGACGCCGCGGCCGUGCGCCUGUUCGUCAAAGAGGGACACCAGGUCAUGCUGGCACAGAGUUUUGCCAAGAAUAUGGGCUUAUACGGCGAGCGUGCUGGAGCCUUGACGUUCCUCUGUGGGGACCCAGAGAGUGCUGCCAAAGUGAUGUCUCAGGCCAAGAUCAUGGUCAGGACUAUGUACUCCAACCCACCGUUAUACGGCGCCCGCCUUGUCACAGAGAUCCUGUCCAACCCGCAACUCAAGAAACAAUGGUUGGGUGACGUGAAACUAAUGGCCGACCGCAUCAUCUCCAUGAGGAAGCAACUCCGCGCAGGAAUCGAGGGCGCCGGCAACAAACAAAAUUGGCAACAUAUCACCGACCAGAUCGGAAUGUUCUGCUUCACCGGACUGAAGCCUGACCAGGUUGAGAGGCUUACCAAGGACUUCCACAUCUACCUGACGAAAGAUGGCCGCAUCUCAGUCGCCGGCAUUUCUUCAAAGAAUGUGAACUACGUCGCAGAAGCCAUGCACAAAGUCACCUCCUAGACUACAUAUCAAAUUCUGCUGCCAUACACAAUGACGACACAAAUCACGAAUCAACGCUACGGUAUAGCACAGUAUUUAUUUUUUAACUCUUUAUCAUAAUGUAUGUUACAUAUAAAUCUUAUAUAUCAUGUUAAGAAUAAAUGUCGUCGAUCUUUUUUUUUAAAUAAAUUUAUAUUUUUGUUUUUA